CUGGUUUCUGCAUGUGCUCUGUGCUCCCUCUGUAUUUUAAAGAUCACAGAGCUCUUCAAAUAGUCUCAUUGAUUCUCUUUCUCUCCCUUCUCUCUCUGUCUCCAAAGAUAGAAACAGAAACUAAAUUGUAUAAGAACCAAACCCCAAACACACUUUUUCAAAUAUCAAUAUCUUGCUUUGUUUUUUCUCCUUCCUCUCAAACAUGUCAACUCCAACAUCAUCAUCAUCUUCUUCUAUUUGGGUGUUGUCUAACAUAAAGCUUCAGUUCUUUGCCCGUAUCAGACGGUUUCUCCAAUCCAAAGCAACCAGAAAGCGAUGUGAACCCUCUGAUCGAUUUGACACCGCAAAGAACAAAACUGAACCCGACAACAAAGUAGAAAAUUUUGAAACAGUUCAAGUUACGGAGAAGCAUAAGGAGAAGGAGGAGGAGGAGGAGGAGGAAGAGUCUGUGAUCAUGAUGCAGAGAACUGUGAAGAUGCUUCACUUUGGAAGCUGGGAAGAGAAGGAGGUUGCAGUAAAGGAGAUUGAAAAGUUAGCCAAGGAAGAUGUUAAGGUUAGAAAGUUGAUAACAGAACUUGGGGUAGUGCCGGUGCUGGUGUCUAUGGCGGUGUCGCCGGUGAAUAGCCGCCGGCAAGCAGGGUUGACGGCGUUGAUCCACCUAGCUGAUGGAACUUACACGAACAAGGCUUUGAUAGUGGAGGCAGGAAUACUGUCCAAGCUGCCUAAUACAAUUGACCUUGUAGAUGAAUCAACAACAAGUAAAUUGGCAGAAUUGCUUUUGUCAUUGUCAUCUCUAGCAAACACUCAAUUCCCUCUUGCUUCAUUGGACUUUCUCCCAUUACUUAGAAACAUUCUUGAGACAGGCUCAAGAAGUUUUGACACCAAACAAUGUUGUUUAGGUGCCUUAUAUAACCUAUCAACUGUGUUAGAGAAUGCAGGUCCUUUGGUUUCAAGUGGGGUGGUCCCUUUCCUCUUGGAAGUUUCCUCAGUGAAAGAAGUUUCUGAGAAAGCCCUUGCCACUCUAGGGAACUUGUCAGUGACUUUGAUGGGAAAGAAAGCAAUGGAGAACAGCUCAAUGGUGCCAGAAAGAUUUAUUGAGAUCUUGUCAUGGGAAGAUAAACCUAAAUGCCAAGAGUUGUCAGUGUAUAUUUUGAUGAUUCUAGCACAUCAAAGUUCACUGCAAAGAAAGAAAAUGGCAGAGGCAGGGAUUGUUCAUGUGCUUCUUGAAGUGGUUCUGUUGGGGAGUCCUUUGGCUCAGAAGAGAGCAAUGAAACUUUUGCAAUGGUUUAAGGAUGAGAGACAAACAAGGGUGGGGCCACAUUCUGGUCCACAAACACCGAGAUUUGCAAUGGGGUCACCGGUGAAUCAAAUAGAAGCAAAAGAAGGGAAGAAAUUGAUGAAGAGUUUGGUGAAACAAAGUUUGCAUAGGAAUAUGGAAAUAAUAACGCAGAGGGCAAAUGCAGCAGGGGAGUCUUCAAAAUUGAAAUCUUUGAUUAUUAGCACAAGUUCCAAGAGCUUACCUUACUAAGAUUUUUUUUUUUUUA